GACAGUACGCUCGCGUUGUGCUUCUAUUCAACUUCGAGAAGAUCCAACCUUUUUUUUUCUCUGUUGAGGUGGUGGUACUAACAGCUAAACGUGCACCUGUCCAAUUCCCAGCGUCAAGUUUUCUUCCAGCAACAGUAUUGUAUUCGGUUGAAAAGAUGAUGACGUUGAAUGUGAUCGUAUUCACAAUGUUCGCUAUUCUCGAGGGAACUGUUCUUGCAAUGGAAGAACCAUCCUCUUCCUCAUCGUCCACUCACAACCAACGUCUCAGUCAAGCGAUAUCGGAUCUGGUUUUCGAUGAACCACCAGAGAAAAGGGCAUAUACCUAUGUUUCCGAAUAUAAAAGGUUGCCAGUUUAUAAUUUUGGUCUUGGAAAACGAUGGGCGGCUGAUGCUAACGAUGGCAAGCGAGGAAGACCAUUCUCAUUUGGACUUGGAAAAAGAAUAAAACCAUACAGUUUUGGUCUUGGUAAACGUAACGACAAUCAAUUCGAAUAUCAACCAUCAAGAAGAAGUUUGGAUUAUUUGCCAGUUGAAGCAUAUGAGAGAUAUUUAUCACGUGACAACGAUGAUGAUCAAUUAAUGGAUUACAUACAAGAAAAACGUGGAAAUCGUUUGUACAAUUUUGGUCUUGGCAAAAGAGAUUGGAACGUAGUAUCAUCGUUAGAUGACUCAAUGCCAACAGGAAAACGGCCUAACGAUGUUGCCGAACAAAGAUAUAUGUUUGGUUUAGGAAAAAGGAUGAUGGAAGAAGAAGACAAUGUUCAAUAAGAAAAAAAUACAAAAAUAAAUAAAAAAUAAUUUAAACUUAAAUUUAUCUCGAAAUCAUUACGAUGAUGAUGAUGAUGAUGAUGAUGAUGAUGUCGCACGCGAACGUUUUUUUGUUUCUUAUUCUAUUUCAUUAA